AUGUUCAAUUUGGUUUUUCGGCUGCUUUGGUGCUCCUUCGUGCUCAGCAACGAAGUAGGGUUCAUUCACCCUUCGCAAUUUGCGACAUUAGAGAGAGAUCCUGAAGCUGGUAGCUCACGAUCGGAAGCCUCGGAUGCGCUGGAUGGUGGAGAUGGGAGCUUUCUGAUUCGAGAUCACAAACUGGGCAUUUCCUCGGAGGUUGUUCUCCUAUUGUACAAGGCUGCCAGAGAACAAUUCAUGAAUGCAAUUGCAGAAUACAGGAACCUCGGCGACCUAUCUCUUCCUUCUGCUGAAGCUCUAGGUAUUGUGGUUAUGAAAUGCAGCAAAGCACUUGUGUUGUUAAACACUGAUUACAGGACUGCUUAG